GAGCAAAGAUGCCAUGUGAGUGUUCUCCAUUCAUGACUCACCCUCUCUUCCUCCUCCUUUUCAUUGCUCAACCCCAAAUCUCCCUGGGAAAUACCUCCCUAACUGGGGACCAAGUCAGUGCCUCAUGGAGGUAACUGAGUCAUGAGGGGUGGAGAAGAGGCAGGGAGGCAGAGGAUAAAUAGCAGCCUGGCUUCACUGGUUCUUCUCUGCAUCCUCUCCACCCUCCCAACAAUAUGCGUCUCGCCAGUUUGGUCAGUUCCUGCUCCUUCCUACUGCUAUUGGGGGCCCUGCCUGGAUGGGCAGCCAAUGAUGACCCUCUUGAGAAGGUCAUUGAAGGGAUCAACCGAGGGCUGAGCAAUGCAGAGAGAGAGGUGGGCAAGGCCCUGGAAGGCAUCAAUAAUGGAAUCACUCAAGCUGGAAGGGAAGUGGAGAAAGUUCUUAAUGGACUUAGCAACAUGGGGAGCCAGGCUGGCAAGGAGCUGGACAAGGGCGUCCAGGGGCUCAACCACGGCUUGGACAAAGUAGCCCAUGGGAUCAACAAUGGCGUCGGACAAGGAGGAAAGGAAGCAGAGAAGCUUAUCCAUGGCGUGAACAAUGCUGCUGGACAGGUUGGGAAGGAGACAGACAAAGUGAUUCAGGGGGUCCAUCAUGGGGUCAACCAGGCGGGAAGUGAGGCAGGAAGGCUUGGCCAGGGGCUCCACCAUGCUGCAGGGCAGGCUGGGAAUGAGGUGGGGAGGUUUGGCCAGGGGGUUCACCAUGCUGCAGGGCAGGCUGGGAAUGAGGUGGGGAGGUUUGGCCAGGGGGUUCACCAUGCUGCAGGGCAGGCUGGGAAUGAGGCAGAAAAGUUUGGCCAUGGGGUUCACCAUGGCAUUAAUGAGGCCUGGAAGGAAGCAGAGAAGUUUGGCCAGGGGGUCCACCAUGCUGCAGGGCAGUCUGGGAAUGGGGCAGGGAGGUUUGGCCAGGGGCUCCACCAUGCUGCUGGGCAGGCUGAGAAGGAGGCAGAAAAGUUUGGCCAUGGGGUUCACCAUGGCAUAAAUGAGGCUUGGAAGGAGGCUGAGAAGUUUGGCCAGGGGGUCCACCAUGCUUCAGGGCAGGAUGGAAAUGAGGCAGGGAGGUUUGGCCAGGGGGUUCACCGUGGCAUUAAUGAGGCCUGGAAGGAAGCAGAGAAGUUUGGCCAGGGGGUCCAUCAUACUGCUGGGCAGGCUGGGAAAGAGGGGGACAAAAUAGUCCAAGGAGUCCAUCCUGGGGUCAGCCAGGCUGGGAAAGAGGUAGAGCAGUUUGGCCACGGGGUCCACCACGGGGUUAAUGAGGCUUGGAAGGAGGCAGAGAAGUUUGGUCAGGGGGUCCACCAUGCUGCAGGGCAGGCUGGGAAAGAGGGGGAAAAAGUGGUUCAAGGGGUCCACAAUGGAGUCAACCAGGCUGGGAAGGAAGUAGAGCAGUUUGGCCAUGGGGUCCACCACGGAGUCCACCACGGGGUUAAUGAGGCUUGGAAGGAGGCAGAGAAGUUUGGUCAGGGGGUCCACCAUGCUGCAGAGCAGGCUGGGAAAGAGGGGGAAAAAGUGGUUCAAGGGGUCCACAAUGGAGUCAACCAGGCUGGGAAAGAAGCAGAGCAGUUUGGACAUGGGGUCCACCAUGGGGUUAAUGAGGCUUGGAAGGAGGCAGAGAAGUUUGGUCAGGGGGUCCACCAUGCUGCAGAGCAGGCUGGGAAAGAGGGGGAAAAAGUGGUUCAAGGGGUCCACAAUGGAGUCAACCAGGCUGGGAAAGAAGCAGAGCAGUUUGGACAUGGGGUCCACCAUGGGGUUAAUGAGGCUUGGAAGGAGGCAGAGAAGUUUGGUCAGGGGUUCCACCAUGCUGCAGGGCAGGCUGGGAAAGAGGGGGAAAAAGUGGUUCAAGGAGUCCACAAUGGAGUCAACCAGGCUGGGAAGGCAGAGGAGCAUUUUGGCCAGGGAGUUCACCAUGCUGUUGAACAGGCUGGAAAGGAGGCAAACAAAGUGGUCCAAGGGUUCUACGAUGGGGCCAACCAGGCUGGGAAGGAGGCAGAGAAGUUCGGUCAAGGGGUCAACCACGCUGCUGGCCAGGCUGGAAAGGAAGCGGAGAAGCUUGGCCAAGGUGUCCACCAUGCUGCUGGCCAGGCUGGAAAGGAGGUGGACAGGUUGCAGCAGAAUGUUCAUAAUGGGGUCAACCAACACGGCAAGGAGGCCAACCAGCUGCUGAAUGGCGGUCAUCCAGGCGGAUCCACCGUCCAUCACGGAGGGGGCGCAACCACAACAUUAACAUCUGGAGCUUCGGUCAACAAGCCCUUCAUCAACUUUCCAGCUCUGUGGCAGAGCGUCGCCAACAUCAUUCCCUAAACUGAUGCCUGGCCUUGCUGAGCAGACUGAUGUUCCUGUUGUCAUAGCUGAAAUGACUUGAAGGAGCUGGGGAUGGGGGUUGGGGUAGAUUUUGGGAGUCCCUUACGGGAAUGGUGCUAAGAUUUGUGAAUAAAUAAGACACAACCUACUCUCA